GUGGCACCAAGGGCCUGCGCCUGCCCUCAAGUGAGCCUGCUGCCUCGGGCCCCGAGACACAGACACAGACGGGGAUGCUGGGCCUCAAGGUACAUGGCCAGCCCUCAGACACCCUGCUGGGCCGCCAUGGAGCCAGGCAGUGUGGAGAACCUGUCCAUCGUAUACCGGAGCGGCGACUUCCUGGUGGUGAACAAGCACUGGGACGUGCGAAUCGACAGCAAGACGUGGCAGGAGACCCUGACCCUCCAGAAGCAGCUGCGGCACCGCUUCCCCGAGCUGGCCGACCCGGACACCUGCUAUGGGUUCAGGUUCUGCCACCAGCUGGACUUCUCCACCAGCGGGGCUCUGUGUGUGGCCCUGAACAAGGCAGCUGCAGGCAGCGCAUACAGGUGCUUCAAGGAACGGCGAGUGACCAAGGCUUACCUGGCCCUAGUGCGGGGGCACGUCCAGGACAGCCAGGUGACCAUCAGCUAUGCCAUUGGCAGGAACAGCACGGAGGGCCGGGCUCACACCAUGUGCAUCGAGGGCACGCAGGGUUGUGAGAACCCGAAGCCGAGCCUCACGGAGCUGGUGGUCCUGGAACAUGGGCUGUACGCAGGCGACCCUGUCUCCAAAGUGCUGCUGAAGCCUCUGACAGGCCGGACACACCAGCUGCGGGUUCACUGCAGUGCCCUCGGCCACCCCGUGGUGGGCGACCUGACCUACGGGCAGGCCGCGGGCCGGGAGGACCAGCCUUUCCGCAUGAUGCUGCACUCUUUCUACCUGCGCAUCCCCACGCGCGCCGAGUGUGUGGAGGCCUGCACGCCGGACCCCUUCCUGCCCUCCCUCGACGCCUCCUGGAGCCCCCACGUCCUGGUGCAGCCGCUGGACCAGCUUGUCCAGGCCUUGCGGGCUGCCCCUGACCCUGACCCCAUGGACGGGGGCCCCUCCACGAUCCUGCCUGGGCCGGGCCGGCCCCCACCGCCCUGCACCAAGUCCCCCGAGACCGAGGCACAGCGAGCCUCUUGCCUGCAGUGGCUGUCAGAGUGGAGGCUGGAACCGGACAACUGAGCCCUGCUGGGCUGCAGGAGGGGGUGACGGGCUGGGACCCCUACGGGUGGGGGCUGUGCGGCAGAGCCCUGGGCCCAUCCCCAGCAGGUGGCGUCUUCUGGCCAAGGUACAGAAAACUGGGGCCGCCUGCAGGGAAGGGCCGGCAGGGGGCGUCAGGCAGCCACGAUCUCCAGCGAGGUUGGAGCCCUCGGGCUGUGAGACUGACACCCUGUCGUGGGGCCUCCUCCCAGCAUCCCCAGGGGGAAACCAAGGCCCUUCCUCCUUCCUGGAGCAGCUUCCAGCUCUGAAGCUUCACCCAAGGGAUUACGUUUUACACACCUGCCUAGAGUCACCUACCGGAAGAGCAGAACUAGCGUCUGGGCUGGCCUUUGCCCCCAGGUGUGCUCCUCCCCAAGAGGGGCUGGCAAAGGCCUCAGCCCCAGACAGCCCCAGCCCCCCUGUUCCGAAGGCUCUGCUCCCACCCUCCCGCCCUGCCUCUCCUGCAGACCCCGCCCCGCCCCUGCCGGGCUGGGGUCUGCAUGCCGCGCCCAGGUCUGCCUCGUGCCUUUGCUUUUGCUGGACUCACCCUCAGCCUUGCCCACCUGCACCCGGAUCCUGAGCUUGGGGCCGGCGCACAGCGUCCGUCGCAAGCAGCUGAGGCCCCACCGUGCACGCCGCCCCUCCAGACCCGCUGCGGGUGCCGCUUCUGCUUCGGGGUCUCGCAGGCUCCCCCACCGCAGCACCUGCCAUGUCACCGCCUGCCCGGCUCCCACAGCCACCAGUCGCUGGCGUCUGCCUUCAGGGACCCAGCCUGGGAGCUGUGGGCUGGCCGGGCCCCACUUCCUCCACCCAACUGCACUGGGCUCCGGGGACUGGCAAUAAACACUCAGUGACUGACCAUGA